AGACAGCCAUACAUUAUUCUAUGAUGGUGAUGAUGGGAGAUUCAGAGGCAGACUGGAGAUGGACAGUAAGACUGGAUCUCUGACCAUCACAGACCUCGAAACUGAGCAUACUGGAGAAUUUAGACUAAAGAUCUACAGCGACAGAAGGAUCGUAUUCAAAAGAUUCACUGUUACUGUCUCUGUCCCAGGUUUGUCAAAAGGUGCUAUAGCAGGAAUAUGUGUUGGUGUUCUGCUGCUGGUGGCUGCAGCUGUAACUUCUGGUGUUGUGAUUUAUUUUCGCCACAAGAUCUCUGAACUAAAAAAACUAAUACCAAAGAUCUCUGAACGACUAGACCAACUACCAAAGAUCUCUAAAGAUCUAGAGCAACUGUUGAAGCUGUUCAAACAAUUGUCGGAGAUCUCUGAAAAAAAGGAAUCACCCAAGAUCAAUGAAAAAGAACUGGUGAAGAUUUCUGAAAAACUAAUGAAGAUGUCCGAUGUCUGUGAAAAAGAAUUACCAAAGAUCUCUGAACAUCUAGAGAAACUGCGUGAAGAGAAGAUCUCUGAACGACUGCUUGAAGGCAAGAAACCUAAACAACAACCGCAACUGCGUGCUGAUGUCACAAAAGAAGAGAUAAUGAGACCAGAAGAGGAGAAAGAUGAAUGGGAAGCGUCCAUUUAUGUUGAAGAUACUGCCAUAAGUCUAGCGAGGGGACGGACACAUGGUGGGAGUUUCAAACUAAAGGAAGGGAAGAAUGUUGUAAUCAUAAAUGAAAAUGCUGGGGUUUGUGCACAUGGUUCAGAUGGACAUACUGGAAAUGAAUUGAAAGAGAUGAAAGCAGAAUCAUCAGUAAAAGGAGUGAAUGAAGAAACAGCUUUAAUGAGCCAAAAUGAAGAGGAUGGAGAAGCAGCAGUUUAGUGAGAUAAGACACGCCCACCAGUAUCAAUCACUGUGACUUCAUCAACAUUUCAGCUCUGUCUUUUACAAGCCUUUAGAAUCCAUCCAGUCAUAGUGAGAACUGUACCCUGUCUUGUGUAAAAAGCUUAUUUGGUUUCAGAUGAAUGUAGAAAAGUGUUGAUGAAACACUACAUACCUGUUACACUUUUAACAAUUUUGAUUUUGAUCAAAGACAAUGAUUGUAAGACAUAUAUAUUUUAAGAUGUUUUAUAAAUAUGCCGUUUUGUGAAUAUGCCGUUUUAUAAAAUUAAAACUAUUGUAGGGUUAAUCUUCAUAUACAGCUUUGAUCAAAGUGUCUCUAAAGAUCACAUGUGCUUCUCAUGUGUAGAAAUUAAUCAGACCGUUUACAAGAUACGCACAGUAUUCACUGUCAGUGUGACAUUUUUUGCUGCAAAAAUUAACCAAUUACUGACCAGUGUUGCCAUUCUUUUUACUUUUACUUUUCAUUUAAACUGAAAACUUUGCAUGUUUCUAUGCUUUUAAAUUACAAUUCUUGAAUAUGAUGUCCAAAUAUGUUUUGAAGAAAUUCUGUUUCUCCAUCCCAGAAUGGGAUGUUGUGUUAGUGCAAAAACAUAUUUGUUUCUCUCUUCACUUCCUGUAUGCAGGAAGUAAUGGCUGCCAGCUGACUCCAGUUAUUGGUUAUCUACUGUGAUGUAAGGAAUUGCUGCCUUGUCAAUUUUCUCUUCAGUGUUGUUGUGUUUACACUCUUGUUGCAACUGGUUUUUAUGGCCAGUAAUACUUUUUGGUUUGUAAGCUACAAAUGGUUUGUGUAUCGUUAAUUAGUUUAUUUUGUUAAGAGUUUGGGAAUGGGUUAAUAAAGGGGUAGGUGCCAUCUAAUUUUCUCCUGUUUAAGCCAGUUAGGGAGUUAGUGUAUUUUGUUGUAUUUUUUCUUUUUUUCUUUUCUUUUAGUAGUCAGUUGUUUGUUAAUCUCUCUAUGGUUAGAGGCAUUAUAUUUGUUGUUUCGGCAUUUACUCAGAUACCUCCCAUAUUUAAAAAAUAAACUUGUUUUUGAUAUUGACUUGGUCUUGGUAAUUUUGAAAGCACUGGGGUUGGGAACCGGACUUUG